CCGAUCCCUAAGCCUUUACGGCGGAAACACUUCAGGCCUGCGUAGUGCGCAUCAGCUAUGCUGCUUCCGUGCUUGCGCAAUCGCCGCAAUACUAUGUUAGUGAAGCUGUGUGUAUCUGCCUUGGUGGCAACGGCGCUAUCUGCGGCACAAGAACAAGUUCCAGGAAGCAUUUGCAGGAAACCGCCUGCUUCGGCAGACAUGAGUGCAGUGCUGAGGCCGGUGUCCAAAAUGGCCGUCGACUGCUUGGCGGACGUUGUGCUGCAGUACAAAUUGGAUUCGCCGUUUGUGAUCAGCGUUCUUGAAGGCAUAUGCAGUUACCAUGCAAUCUGUGUACAAGAGUACAGAACAAAUCGGACCCAAGCGCUCAAGAAAGCUGCGGAGAUGUGCCUCGUGGAACGUGUCAUUGAAACGAUGCCUCAGCGAGUACGAAGCGAAAGCUUCGACAGCGAAGAAGUCACCAGGCGGAUGAUGACAUGUGUUGCGGAGCAACUGGCCAUUCCCUUACACGACGCAAAGAAGAUGAACGCCGCGCUCCAUUGGUUGUACCAGGCUUGUUAUUCCAAGCUUACGUCGCACUGAGCACGGAGCCAGCUGCCUGAUAGUACUCUCGGUGAUCACGUGGCCGCCACGUUCCAAACUGAGGAACUCGAAAACAUUAAAGUGGCAGAUAACAGAUAAAGAAGAAAAAAAAGUGGAUGUGUGAAUAAACCGGCGAGUUUGAUGUUGCCAUGCGUAAGUCGUUUCACUUUAUGGAGCAGUGAUUGUUCAUCGACGGAUUAUCACUGGUCUCGAGUUACCAGACAGGCUUAGCAGAUCUGUCGCUUGCGCUCCGCUCCACACACAUUGCACGCUCUGAGGCAGAACAGGGAACCUGCGUUGAUUUCGAGCUUUGAUGAGCGAGCCUUCACGACACGCGAGCUACACGUGCCCGCGACGUGGCUACGAAACGGACAAAGCAGCCAAGUGGAUCCACCUUCGUCCACCACUCAAUCGACUUUCUAGCCGUACGAGGGAGGCCGAGCUUCUAGGUACCGCUGCCAGCAUGAACGUUGUGC